AUGGAUGAAGAAUAUGAUGUGAUCUUAUUGGGAACAGGUUUAAAGGAAUGUGUUCUAGCCGGUUUGCUUGGUGUUGCUGGAAAGAAAAUUUUACAUAUGGAUAGAAAUAAAUACUAUGGUGGUGAAUCUGCCUCCAUGACACCUUUGGAAGAACUUUAUUCAAAAUUUAAUUUCCCAUCACCACCAUCUGAUACAGGACGUGGACGUGAUUGGAAUGUUGAUUUGAUUCCAAAAUUUCUUAUGGCUGACGGUCUCUUGGUUAAGUUAUUAAUUCAUACGGGUGUAACUCGUUAUCUUGAAUUCAAAUGUAUUGAAGGUAGUUAUGUGUAUAAGAAUGGAACUGCGGAAAAAGUACCAGCAGAUCAAUCCGAAGCUCUUAAAUCACCAUUAAUGGGUCUUUUUGAAAAACGACGUUUCGGUAAUUUGCUCAAUUGGGUUAAAGAUUACGAUGAAAAAAAUCCUAAAACACAGAACGACAUUCCGCCAAAUACACGUAUGGUUGAUGCAUUUAAAAAAUAUGAUCUCAGUCAAGAUACAAUGGAUUUUACUGGUCACACUUUAGCACUGCACAGUGAUGAUGAUUAUUUGGAAAAACCUGCUCUAGAAUCAAUCAAAAGGAUUCAACUCUAUUUGGCAUCGUUAGCACGUUAUGGUAAAUCACCAUAUCUAUAUCCACUCUACGGUCUAGGGGAGUUACCACAAGCUUUCGCACGACUGAGUGCUAUUUACGGCGGAACGUAUAUGCUGGAUAAGCCAGUCGAUGAAAUUGUAUUUGAGAAUGGUGUUGUUAUUGGUGUUCGAUCCGGCGAUCAGACAGCACGUUGUAAAGCUGUUAUCUGUGAUCCAUCGUAUGUGCCGGAUAAAGUAAAAAAAGUCGGCCGAGUUAUUCGAGCUAUUUGUCUAUUGCGACAUCCUGUUAAAGUUCGAGGCGACACAAAACCGGCUUCAUGCCAAAUUAUAAUACCUCAAAAACAAGUUCAACGACAUAAUGAUAUUUAUGUUUGCUGUAUGGGUCAAACAACUAUGGUGACCCCGAAGGACUGGUAUGUUGCAUUAGUUAGUACAACCGUUGAAACAAAUAAUCCCGAAGAAGAAAUAAAACCUGGUCUCGCUUUAUUGGAGCCGAUAUAUCAAAAAUUUGUUACUGUUACCGAUCUACAUGAGCCAAUAGAAGAUGGAACAGCCAGCAAACUGUUUAUCUCAAGUUCAUACGAUGCAACAUCACAUUUUGAAACGACCUGCCUUGAUAUUCUUGAUGUUUUUUGUCGUUAUACAGGCCAACCGUUUGAUUUCAGUAACAUCACACGUGGCCUGGAUGCCGAGGACAGUCUAAACGGAGCACAAUGA